AGAUCACAAACUGAAAUAGUGCGGUUAAAGGCUUUUCAGAUAUCAAAUGGAAAUAAGUUCACAUCCUUCGUUUUGAUCUGAUUUGAUUAUGCUAUUUACGGAUGUGAUAUGUAGCAUAAAAAAUAAAAUGACCUGUUUCUUUAUCUGAUAUGCAGAAGCUAGUGGUUGUUUCACGUGAUGGACGGUGACUCACCUUUAAUAACUUGUGAUGAAUAUCGAUUGCUUGAAACAUACUGCCAGAAGAGGAGGACGCCAAGCACAAGAUGUGUGCAAAGUGCCUGUAUGUACAGACUGGAGGCAAAAUCAAGUGAGACCAGAGAUAUACUGUAGCCUAUUUGAGAUCUGUGACUCAUGAUUGUAACAUUUAUUCUCAUUUUAAUGUCAUGUCUGUUGAAAACAGGUGAUGAGAAAUUUGGUGAUGUGGCUGAAAAACUGGCCCAGAUUGCAGAGAACAGACUUCAUUUAGAUGAAGGACUAGAGCCAGACAGUCCUGUUGCGAAGGAGGCUAACUCGGAUGUCAUAGUGAGGCUUGUUGACUUGCUGAAGAAAUCAGGGGACGAAUUGAAUGCAACGAUUCAAAGCAACCAAGAGCUUUUAGGAUACCUGCAGCAAACGUUCUCUUACGACUUGUUUAAAUCACUGACUAAAGCCUUCAUCACGAGUAGUGUACCAGAAUUUCUGCAGAGCAGAAAAAAACGUGAGCAGAUCGCCCUGGCCUUCGAGGUCACCAGCAGACUCAAAGCCCUGGACCUACACCCCAUGAACAGGGUCAUGGGAUACGGAGCUCAGUACCUGCAGGAGAACUUCGCUCCCUGGGUUAAGCAGCAUGGUGGUUGGGAGAAAGCCUUUGAUAACGAUGAUGAUGAAGAGGUCCAUUGACAAGAUACUGUGAAAAGGAUGGUUAUUAGUGGUCAAAGUGAUAUUUAUGAAAUACAGAUAUUAUUAUCUACUAUAAUAGAUAAUAAAAUCUAAAUCUAGAAAUACGUUUUUUAUUAUAAAUAUGCACUUGUUUAAAUACACAUUUUAAUGUUAAAUAAAAUGUUGCGUUACAAAUAAAAAUGUUCUUAACUUUGCUGCACACUUAAAUAAAAAAAAAAAACAGGCCAAAAUGUAAUGCUAAAAUAUAAUGCUUUAUUGACUGAGAAGUUGGCUUUUCAGCAACAAAUAAGCAACACAAACAUACUCUUUACAAAUAGAGAAAGCCACUGGAAUCAGAAUAGCGUUUAGUGAUUUUUACAUGAAGGUUAUUAUUAUUUUUUUAUCAUUUGUAAUUGCACAUAUCAACUGCCUUCACUUGCUAUGAGUCUUACGCACAACAUUAGGCACAAAGAGGCAAAGACUACAUAGAUACUAAAUCCUUUCUUUUGCUUUGUUGUUCCUAAUAAUAUCAAUAUUUCAUCAAUAUCACUUUAAUGCAUUGCAAUGAUGACUGAAUUUUUGAAUGCCAUAUGAUAACUAUGGUUGCAAGCUUUAACUCCUUAAUUUGUGUGGCAUACAUCCUCAUAACAAGCCAAGACUAAUGGACAUUAGGCCCAGACAAUCAACAUCAGAUGUUAUAGUAUUAAUGAAAUUUUAAUUGAAUCAUGUAAAACGGUUGCAGUUUAUUUCACAAUAAAGCACUGAUGAUCUUGAUUAGCUAGA